AUGUGGGGCUACCGAGUCGCAAUACCGUCCAGUUUGCAGGCGACAAUCCUUAAACAGCUACACGUUAGUCACAUGGGUGUAAUUAAGACUAAAUCUUUAGCUCGCAGUUACGUGUGGUGGCCGAAUAUUGACGCAGACGUAGAGGCACUAUGCCGCGCGUGCCCAACGUGCGCGGCUGAGGCGCCGGCACCACCUCAUGCGCCGCCCGCGUCCUGGCCGUACGUAGCGCGUCCUUGGACAAGACUUCAUGCGGAUUUCUUGUCUUUAAAAGGAAAAACUUUCUUUGUUGUGAUAGAUUCCAGUACCAAGUGGUUAGAAAUUUGUGAAAUGUCGCGCACGAAUGCAUCGGCGGUUAUUAAAGAGCUACGCGCUAUAUUUGCACGUUUUGGGGUUCCCGAACAAUUUGUGUCCGACCAAGGACCACCGUUUACCAGUUCGGAUUUAAAAGAUUUCUUGGUUAAAUGCGGUAUUCGGCAGUCUUUCUCGCCGGUUUACCAUCCGGCUUCGAACGGGGCGGCGGAGGGUGCUGUUAAAUUGUGCAAACGCGCCAUCAAGAAAGCGUACAGGGAAAACGUUGACAUAGAUGCGGCUUUGCAAACUUAUUUAUUAGCGUAUAGAAAUAGUGUGCACAGCACGACAGGGGAGAGUCCAGCAAUGCUCCUACAGCGGCGUCCAUUGCGCACCCGGCUGGACCUGCUACGCGGAGAGGUCGCGCUGCAGGAGCGAGUGCAGGCGGCGCAGGCGCGCCAGACGGCGGCCGCGGGAGGAAAGCCGCGUUCGUUCGCCCCGGGUGACGAAGUCUGGGCGCGGGGAUAUGGUGCGGGGGACAAGUGGGUCAAGGGAACCGUGAUAGGGCCAGAGAGCUCGCGCACUUACAGCCUAAGUAGGGAUAACGGAGGGUCGAUAGUCAGACACAUAGAUCAAGUUAGGCGCAGAUCCCGUAUGUCUACCGUGCCUUGUCCAAAACAAACAGUGGAGGCGGACGAGGGUGAGAGCGAUGUCGAGGGCCUAGGUGGCCCGACGGAGGUGGAAAAAGACUCGACAGUAAUGGUCGAAAGAGAAAUUGUCCCUAUGCUUACGAGCACAAGUGACGUCCGGUCAGAUUCCGAUCUUAUUCCACCACCGCCUCGAGAACCGCUGACACGACCGCCAAUGAAUCUUAGACCUUUACCGCAUCGUAAACUUAAGUUAGAAAUCGAUUAA